CAACAUUGGUGGACUGGACUAAAUUCUUUUGUUUGUGCUGCAGAAGCUAUUGAGCCUAGCUUUACUAACUUUACUAGCUUGUCUUGUUGUGUUGGGUUUGAAUACAGUGCGCAAGAUUUAUGAACAUGAUCAAAGUCUUCUCUGUUUUUAAUGUAUCUCUGUGGCAGAAUUACAGUGCCACAUACUGGUCUGGCAUGUAUACUACAUUAUUUUGAGUUGUUUUCAGUGGUUUCUUGUAUACGCAGAUGUUUCUUGAGACAACGACAUGUUUACGGAAUAACAAGAGAAAAAAAAGAUUGGCUUUUUGUGGAUGAGCCCUAAGUAGAUCAUCUUCAGAUCCAGCACUUUCAGGUCUGAUGCUGCCUCCUCACCUAAUUUGAAACAACAAUGCAACAAAUAAUAAAAUAUAAUCUGGAUAAAUCUGUUCUAACCAGUCAUUACAAGUGACAUGACAAAGAAACAUUAUCUAAAGUUUGCCUACUCACGCGCCAUGUUCGGAGCGCACGCAGAGAGUCUUACGGACAACACCGAACCAAGCUCUUCUUUGCGUCCUCCUGCACCUAAACGAACAAUUACAAAUCGCAGUUUAAACAUGCAAACAGAAAAAUAUGUGAAAGAGCCCAAAUUCAGCACCAGAGGUGUGUGCAAUUCAUUCAGCUGCCCACUCUCCGUAAGAAGAAAACUAGUAUCGUUCCACAUUGUCUCUGCCAAUAUCCUACUUUCCAACGUAUAUACUCCCCUGCAUCUCUCCCACUGCCACUGGCAUUACCUGCUUCAAUAAAUCUGCAGUCAACUAACCUUCUGUUCCCGAGUCCGUUUUGUUUCAAUGAUAAUUUGCUUGCGAAUGGCAUUUCUUCUCUGAUGACGUCAGUUCGACGGCUCGGGGCAGAAUUUGCUUUGUAUUUGAGUGAACGAUGAGAGAAGAACCGCAAAAAUCAAAACCUCGCCCUCUACUGAAUAUUCCGUUUCUGUUGGAAAUAUGUCACUAUACUUAAAUAAAGUCGGCCGUCGUUCUGGUAUGUGGGCAGAGGAAAAAAUGGUUGUGUGGACCGCGGAGCUGACAUAGAAAACAAUUUCUAUGUGGGUGUCUUUUUGAAUUUGAAAGGACAAAUACAAACAAAAAUAUCCUAUAUCAAAAUAUCCUUGUGAACACAGUCGUUAAGUCUCGUUGAUUUUAUUUUCCAUGCUGCAAAGUUGUGUGAUUUUAAAUGAAAUAUUUCACUAAUAAUUCGCUCACUUUUCUCCUCUAAUCCUCACUCACAAUGAAUGUUGAUGCUGAUCUAAUACUAUGCAAGUCUAUAAUAAAAAUCAUUAUAUUUAUUUGUGCAGAUCGGCUUUCUGUAUUAAAAGAAAGGGAAAAAAAACGCGCACAGAUGCCCUGCGUUUUCUCCCCGUAUUAUUUCCCUCCUCUCGCCGCGUCACUCUCCAGUCCAGCGGGUGGCGCUAAAACACACACGUUUGUUUGACAAACACCAUUAAACCCCAGAGGAAGAAGUUUAGCUUCACCGCGCUCUCUGUUGUUUUGUUGUGAUGCUGGUUUAAUUAUAAGCAUCGUUUCUGUAAAUAGAAAAAUACAGUUUUUGAAUCAGGCCAGUAACGUAAAUACCUCUAAUAUCCUCACAGUCGUGACAGAUUUGAAGCAAGCAAGAAUAUCUAGAGGAGUAUCAUCUGAACUGAGAUAUGCUGCUGUGAAGAUGGUGUUUGUUAAAGAGGAAAGUGAAGAGAACACGAGUGAACCAGAAACCUGGAGAAUAAAACACGAGGAACCAGAAACCUGCAGAAUAAAACACGAGGAACCAGAAACCUGGAGAAUAAAACACGAGGAACCAGAAACCUGGAGAAUAAAACACGAGGAACCAGAAACCAGGAGAAUAAAACACGAGGAACCAGAAACCUGGAGAAUAAAACACGAGGAACCAGAAACCUGGAGAAUAAAACACGAGGAACCAGAAACCAGGAGAAUAAAACACGAGGAACCAGAAAGCUGGAAAAUAAAACACGAGGAGCCAGAAAGCUGGGAAAUAAAACAUGAGGAACAAAGAGAGCCGACUGAAGAAAAAGAGGAGAAUGAAGAAUCAAGUGAAGUUGAAGAGAAACGUCAUGUCAAAACUGGAGUAAAACCUUUGAGUUGCUCUCAAAACAAACAAAAAGAUUUAAAGAAAAGAAGAGCCAAGACAUCUUUCACAUGCAUUCAGUGUGAAAAGUGUUUCACACAUAAAUAUGGUCUUGAGCGUCACAUGAGAGUUCAUACAGGAGAGACGCUAUUCACUUGUGAUCCAUGUGGGAGGAGUUUUACACAAUCAGCACACCUUAAGAAACACAUGAACAUCCACACUGGAGAGAAGCAGCACGCAUGUGAUCAAUGUGGUAAAAUGUUUUUAUGGGCUUCAGUUCUGAAGAAACACUUGAAAGUUCAUUCAAAGGAGAAGCCACAAUUAUGUAAUUUGUAUGGUAAUAGUUGUUUGCGUCUAAAAAAUUUGAAAGAACAUCGGAAAAUACAUACUGCUGUGAAAGAGUACAUGUGCUUUGAGUGUGAAAAGACUUUUACUACAGCGAGCAGUUUAAAACUGCAUGAAAGGAUUCACACUGGAGAAAAACCUUUUAAGUGUUCACACUGUGACAAGAGAUUCAGUCAGUCAGUACAUCAGAAAACACAUGAGAGGAUUCACACUGGAGAGAAACCUUAUAAGUGUUCACACUGCAAUAAGAGAUUCAAUAGAUCAGGAGACCUGAAAACACAUGAGAGGAUUCACACUGGAGAGAAACCUUAUAAGUGUUCACACUGUGACCAGAGAUUCAAUCAUUCAACACAUUUGAAAACACAUGAGAUGAUCCACACUGGAGAGAAACCUUAUGAGUGUUCACACUGCAAUAAGAGAUUCAAUAGAUCAGGAGACCUGAAAACACACGAGAGGAUCCACACUGGAGAGAAACCUUAUAAGUGUUCACGCUGUGACAAGAGAUUCAAUCAGUCACCAAAUCUGAAAACACACGAGAGGAUCCACACUGGAGAGAAACCGUAUAAGUGUUCACACUGUGACAAGAAAUUCAAUCGGUCAACACAUCUGAAAAAACAUGAGAGGAUCCACACUGGAGAGAAACCAUAUCACUGCACUACAAGUGGGAAGCAUUUCAUUCAGUCAUCUGAUUUACACAGUUAUGCAAAAAAACAAUAACAGUAAGGCCCCAUCCACAUGGAGACACAUUUAGCUUUAUACAUAGAUAUUUUGUAUCAUAAUGCCAUUUUCCAGAUGGUUCCAGUGUUUUCGGUGCCUGAAACCACUUUUUUUUUUUUAAACCGGGUCCCAGAGUGGAUAAAUCUGAAAAUGAGACCUUUGCGUUUUGUGUAUACAGCCAAUCCAUAUAUUUUGUGAAACAAUGAUUUCAUCACCUGACAAAUCGACCCUAGUCAGACACCGCUACGUCACAUAACAACAACAGUGGUGGACUGGACUAAAUUCUUUUGUUUGUGCUGCAGAAGCUAUUGAGCCUAGCUUUACUAACUUUACUAGCUUGUCUUGUUGUGUUGGGUUUGAAUACAGCGCGCAAGAUUUAUGAACAUGAUCAAAGUCUUCUCUGUUUUUAAUGUAUCUCUGUGGCAGAAUUACAGUGUCACAUACUGGUCUGGCAUGUAUACUACAUUAUUUUGAGUUGUUUUCAGUGGUUUCUUGUAUACGCAGAUGUUUCUUGAGACAACGACAUAAAGUUUGCCUACUCACGGCGCCGUGUUCGGUGCGCACGCAGAGAGUCUUACGGACAACACCAAACCAAGCUCUUCUUUGCGUCCUCCUGCACCUAAACGAACAAUUACAAAUCGCAGUUUAAACAUGCAAACAGAAAAAUAUGUGAAAGAGCCCAAAUUCAGCACCCAUGCACGUGUUCUGUGCACACAGGGCACAUGCAGAGAGAUGCGUCUCAAAGCUCUUGAAAGCUGAAUUUGCCUCUUCUUGCUCUCUUGUACUAACAAAUACAUACAAAAUUAUGUAAAAAUAUCCGUCUUGGAGAGUACCCUCAAAAAAAACCUGUUGGUUAUGUCUUAAGUGAAAGUAAACGGUGGAGAAAGAAAUCGGAUGUGUAUCAUUAUAAUGGAUGCAUUGUCUCUUCAAGUCACCGCACCUAAUUUACUAGCUGCUGAAAUGUUAAUUCAAGAAAAUUAAAGAAAAUCACUCACUGCUCUUGACUGAAUUACUUUGUAGUUUUGACAAGAAUUAAUCCACAGUCAAACCAAAAAUUAUCCAGA